AUGAUGCCUGGGGGUUCUGAUCUUAGUUGGAGGAGGGCUGGGAAGGAGGGCCGUCCCUUGGAGAGCCUCCUGAGGCCCCCUCACCCAGCACCACCCAGCCUUCUGCUUAUGGAUCCCCAAGGGGAACGGCUGAGCAUCCCUGGAGUCUGGCUCCCACUAUACUUUGGGGUCUUGGGGCUGUGCUCUGUGGUUACCGGUGGCUGCAUGGUCUUUCUCCACUGGAGGAAGAAGGUUCGCAGGGAAGAGCAGGCCCAGGAGUGGGUGGAGGUGAUGCAGGCAGCCACCUUCACCUACAGCCCCCUCCUCUACUGGAUCAACAAGCGUCGGCAGUACGGCAUGAAUACCGGGGUCAAAGUGGACCUCCCAGCGGCCGAACCCAAGCCAGAGGCCCCCAAGCCCCUGACUAGCCACCAGGAGGGAAGGACGUCCCCGGCCUCUGCCCCGCCCCUGGCCUGUUGCCCAACCCCAGCACCACACAACCCUAUCUUCCAGGAGGUGGCCUUCACCCCUUCACUGGGCAACACGCCGCCCAUGGUGAACCACUCUGCCUCUUUCCCUUUCACCGCCUGUCCUGAGAGGAGUGUCCAGUUUCAUUCACUGCCAGCUCUGGCCCAUCGGGACUAUCGCUUCAACCCUAAGGGCUUGGCCUAUGAGCUGUAG